GCACUGUCCUGUCCCAGACACAGCCACCAAUGUCAGGCGUUGGGGAAAUUUUGAAAGCAGUUGGUGAUUUUGGGCGAUUCCAGAAAUGCCUGGUGCUGCUCUCUGUCAUCCCCUGCCUCAGUGUGGCAUUCCACCAGUUCUGCCAGCUUUUCAUGGUCCCACAUGUGCCUUACCACUGUGACACCAGCUGGAUCCGUGCUGUCGGCCCCAACCUGACGGAGGAAGAGCAGCUGAACCUCACCCUGCCCCGGGGCGCGGACGGGCAGCUCGAGCAGUGCUCCAUGUACUCCCCAGUGGACUGGGACCUCGAUUCCAUCCUGGCCUAUGGGCUGAAUGACACACAGAAGUGCAGCAAUGGCUGGGUGUACCCCUCAGGACAGCCACCAUCCCUGCUGACUGAGUUUGACCUGGUGUGUGAUAAGAAGGACCUGAAUGACAUUGCCCAGGCUAUCUACAUGGCAGGGCUGCUGCUGGGAUCCAUGAUCUUUGGGCCUCUGAGUGACAGGAUCGGCCGCCGCCCAGUCAUUCUGAUCUCCAUCUUCCUCCAGGGCUUGUUUGGCCUGGGAAUUGCCUUUGUGCCCCAUUUCUAUGUGUACAUGGCCUUCAGGUGUGUCGUGGGGGCCACCGUGUCAGGGAUCACCAUGACAAUACUGGCCUUAGCUACAGAAUGGAUCGGUGUCUCCUCCCGGCCCAAGGCAGUGCUCACUUCUCACUGCUGUUUCGCCAUGGGGCAGAUGCUCCUGGCUGGUUUGAGUUAUGGGAUCCGCAACUGGAGGCUGCUGGAGAUUGCAGGAUCUGUUCCGAUAUUUGCCUUUUUCUUCUUCAUCAGGGUGCUCCCAGAGUCAGCUCGCUGGCUGGUGACCAAAGGCAGAGUGGAGGAAGCCAAGAAGCUCCUGCAGAAGGCGGCAGCCACCAACAAGCGCAGCCUCCCUCCAGAGCUCCUGGAGCAGUUGAAGCCUGAGAAAGAGGUCAAGUCUGCAAGUUUGCUGGAUCUCUUUCGGAAGAGGCACCUCCAGAAGGUGACUUUAAUCAUGUCAUGUGUCUGGUUUGUGAACAGCUUUGUCUACUACGGGCUGAGUUUGAACGUGACAAAUUUUGGCCUGGACAUCUACCUGACCCAGCUGGCCUUUGGAGCAGUGGAAAUCCCAGCCCGAGUUGGUUGUAUCUUCACCCUGCAGAGGUUUGGGAGGAGGAAAACGCAGGCUGUUCUCCUGGUGCUGAGUGGCCUGGUGUGUCUGGUCAUCACCGGCAUCCCUGAAGACCAGCCCGUGGCAACCACCGUCCUGGCCACCAUUGGCAAGUUCGCUGCCUCAGCCUCCUUCUCCACCUCCUACGUCUACGCGGCCGAGCUGUUCCCCACGGUUGUCAGGCAGACGGGCGUGGGGCUGUGCUCCAUGGCGGCGCGGCUGGCCGGCAUCCUGGCGCCGCUGGUGCGGCUGCUGGGCCGCUACCACGCCGCCAUCCCCAUGGCCAUCUUCGGCUGCGGGCCCGUGCUGGGCGGGCUGCUCUGCGCCAUGCUCCCCGAGACCCGCGGCGCCGAGCUGCCGGACGACACCGGCCACAGCCAGCCUCCAGCCCAGGUCUGUGAAAAUGCCACCAGUGGCUCCCAGAAUGGGCAGGUGAAAGGAAAAGGUGGUGGCCAAGACAACGAGAGCACGAAGAGCACGUACUUCUAGCUGUCUCUGCAGGUGGCUGUGGAUGAAGGCAGCCCAGUGCUGUGUGGGUGCUGAGCACAGGCAGGGUCUCUCCACCUCAGGACACCAGCUUUGCUCACGCCCUCACUGCCAGUUCUUGGGUUUCCUUGUCUUUCUUUGCCUUCCUGUAUCUCCCUCUGUAGCUUGUCCUCAGGCACUGCAGGCUCUCACUGGUGUCCAACAGAGAAAAUUCUGGCUCUCACCAGAGAAAAUUGGGUGCUUUUUACUUGAGGGAAAAGAAGAAAGAAAUCAACAAUUAGAAUGGAGAAUUUCUCUUCAUUUUUCCUGUUAUGCCUCCAGGAAGGUGAGACUGUAAACUUUGUCCAGUGAGACACCCACUAGAGCAUUGAAUAAACUUGCAAGAGAGACCUGGGCUCACUAACAGAAGAGCUGGAGCAGAUGCAGCACUGAAAAUAAUCUCACACUUGCAGGGAGUGAUUUAUCGUGACUGUCUAGCAAGAUCAUCCCGUUCUCUCAUAAAACACUCCUUUUUAAAUUUUUUUUUUUAAUUUGAGAUACUUAGCUGAGAAAAAAAAAAAAAGAUGUGAUGGAAGAAACAGCAUGCAGGGAGCAAGGAUGUCUAACAGGCAGCAGAAUUUUCACUUCAGUGCUGGUGGCUUUGAAUUGAUGCCUGUCAGGAUGCUUUGGGCAUGGAAAAUGGUGCUGUUGGGUGCAGUGUGGGACCAAUUUGAUUCAUUUCAUUCCAGGAAACUGAGGGAUGUUGUGACAGUAGGUCUCUUAGAAAAAAAUGGAGAUCUUUCUGGGAAAUGUCGUCUUUUCUACACUGUUCUAAUCUAUUCCUUUUUUGCUGGAUCCAUUUAGUCAUUAAAAGAUUUAGGACUGCUUUUGUCUUAUACUGUAAAACUGUUUUUCCUGUGCUUCCCUUCAUAUUAUCUCAUGUCCCUCAGUCCAACCAACUUUUUUUUCCCACUGGAUGGGUACAGAAGAAGCCUGGGAAUUGCACAUGACUAUUCAACUCAAAGGUUUUUUUUCUGGUAGUGUCAAAGAAUGUUAUACCAGAAUAUUUCUUCUCUCCAUUGUCAUGCCUUCAUGUUUUCCACGGACCAAAGUACCUCAUGGAUAUUCAUUUUGAUCAAGACAGUUUGGGAUAAAAUCAGUGCCAUGUGACAAUGUCCUGCCAGGAAGGACUGGCUGUGGUGCCAUUUUCUCUCUGGCACUGCUUUUCAGAGGAUUUGCUGUGGUGCUCCUCUUCAGCACCCUGAGAACAGAGGAGCUCAGUCCUUUUUCCUUUCCUUUGAAAAGGCUGAGGAGCCUUAAAAGGCUUGGAAAAAACUGGGAGCCUCCUUCAGGCUUUUAUGGCAAACAAGGCAUUGAGGGUACAGGCUGAGGGAAGAGCUUGCAGCCAAAUGUACACUUGUUGAAGGAAAUUGUACUCUGAGACUCUCUUUUAGCUCAUUUCAUAAAUAAAGGCGUCCAACCACA